CACAAUGCUAUAACGAAGCAAUCAUUAUCCCCCUCAGCCAUGCCUCGCACUAGCAACAGAGAGCUCCUAUGCAUCGAAGCAAUCGAUUUCCUCAUGUAGGAAGAAAGCGCAGACAUCGAUGCAGCCGAAGAUAUUGCCCACCUCGCGUUCAAUUCGACUCUCCUCCGGCAGUCUCUUGCCUUCCUCUCCCCCUCUCCCCGAAAUCGUAGAGGAAACAAAUGGCUUGGACAUAUUGAUGGCCGAGCUUCCCCCUCUCUCCCAAUCCUAACUCUUCUCCUUCACCCGCCGACCUGUCCUUUACCCAUCUGGUCGACGAAGAUAUGGGAGAGAACGUAGACGGACUGUAUUCUUCUGGUAACUCUUACCUCGAGCAUCUGACGUCAAUGAGGUUUGUGGCAAAUAAAGAGCCCAUUCCGAAGCAGGCGGACCGAUCUACUCCUUCAUCACUGGUAUCAUUCAAGGCUGGAAAUCUUUCGCGAUGAUGUUCGCGUAUAUCCCUGGACAUUCACCCGCAUUCUCAGCCAUAUCGAAGGCCAUACUGUCUUCCAGAGGGGAGGCAACGUUCCCCAGGCUGCCCAAAUCAGCAGCUCAUCCUUUUCCUCUAUCGAAUGGGCCACUCGGGCAACGCAUCCUCGCUCGAGCAGAUCUCCAAAACCUUUGGUGUCUCCCAGGGCCACGUCCGAUGCACUGCGCGUGUACUGAAGGCUGUUUUAGAUACACCUGCCAUAAUGGGUGCCAUCAACCUACCUGCUAAAGGGUCUGCGGAGAGAGAAGAUGCUAAGAGGAAGAUGGAAGAAAAGGGUGGGCCGGAGUGGAGGGAUGGAUGGCUGGUCGUUGAUGGCACCCUCAUUCCCCUUGCUUUUCGUCCCAUUAUCAGAAGGGAGAGUUUUCUUGGUAGAAAAAAGAAUUACUCGAUCAACCUCCUAGUCUUCAACACAGCGGACAGGAGGAUUGUCGAUUUCAAGAGCGGUUUCGUCGGCAACAGGAAUGACGCGUCCUGUUUUGCAAGUUCUCGACUUGCCCGCGAGCCUAAUGAAGUCCUUUCACCUGGCGAAUGGUGCUGGGCAGACCAAGGCUUUCCCCUGUGUCGCCAUAUAAUUAUUCCUUUCUCUGAGAGCGACUUGAGCAGAUUCAACACCUACUUGUCGAGGUGCCGCAUCUCCUCUGAGCAUGCGAUCGGCUUCUACAAAAGCCGUUUCCAGUUUGCGAAGGGUGUGAGGUACCAGAUCCGAUCUUUUCGCCAGCUGGAACUUCUACAGCUCUACGUCCAGUCAUCCCUUGUCUUACAUAUGUUUGCAUAUGACGACGAGUCUCAAGACAGAACUUGGGACUUUGACCAGGACGUAUUCCACCUCGAAGGCCAGCGCAUGCUUGAGGAGGAGGAUAGGGCAAGGAAGGUCUCGCCUCAGAAGUGAGAGGGAGGAGGAAACAAUAAGGCUCGUGUCCGAGGUGAUCUUAAGACCCCAGUCGCACACUUCCAGCAAACGUUGGCUGUGCAGAAGGAGAUCGCGGAAAAAGAUGAAGAAUACCGGGAGAGGCGAGACCAGGCGGAGCGGAAUCGGAAGCGCCAAAAGGAGGACAUGUAUGAAGAAAUCGUCAAGAGGCGGCUUGAGUUGGAAGAGAAAAGAGAAGCUCGUCUUCAAGAGCAGUGGGAGUCUGAAAAGAAAAGAGAUUGGGUUUUAAUGCCGGAGGUACAGGAAGCGAAUAGCUGGACCCGUUGUAUAUACGUCUCACUCUCUUUUCUCUUCCGCCAAUCAAUAAUAUCGCU